CCCCCACCAGCCUCUAGAAGACCAGCAUCCUCAUGACCAUGGAGGCCCCACUGUCCUUUCUGUGACGGGAGCGAUGCGGACCUCGGUCUCCUGGACCCAUUCUGACUCAGGAGCCUUCACGUAGAUGGGUCCCGGCAUGCCUCCCAGUAAGAAACCGGAAAGCUCAGGAAUUAGCGUCUCCAGCGGCCUGAGGCCGUGUCUCCGGGGCCGCGGGCGCUCCAAGGCCCUGCAGGAGGACGAUGACCUCGACUUCCCCCUGCCCGACCUCCGACUAGAGGCGGCGGCCAUGGAAGAUGAGGAGCUCACCAACCUGAACUGGCUGCACGAGAGCAAGAACCUGCUCAAGAGCUUCGGGGAGCCGGUCCUCAGGAGUGUGAGCCCGGUGCAGGACCUGGACGACGACACGCCCCCGUCCCCCGCCCACGCCGACGCGCCCUACGACGCCCGGCAGAACCCCAACUGCAAGCCCCCUUACUCCUUCAGCUGCCUCAUUUUCAUGGCCAUCGAGGACUCGCCCAGCAAACGGCUGCCGGUCAAGGACAUCUACAACUGGAUCCUGGAGCACUUCCCGUACUUCGCCAGCGCGCCCACGGGCUGGAAGAACUCCGUGCGGCACAACCUGUCCUUGAACAAGUGCUUCAAGAAGGUGGACAAGGAGCGGAGCCAGAGUAUUGGGAAAGGGUCAUUGUGGUGCAUAGACCCCGAGUAUAGACAAAAUCUAAUUCAGGCUUUGAAAAAGACACCGUAUCAACCACACCCGCACGUGUUCAAAACACCGCCCACCUCUCCUCAGGCAUAUCAAAGCACAUCAGGUCCCUCCAUCUGGCCAGGCAGCACCUUCUUCAAGAGAAACGGGGCCCUUCUCCAAGAUCCUGACAUUGAUGCUGCCAGUGCCAUGAUGCUUUUGAAUACUCCCCCUGAGAUACAAGCAGGUUUCCCCCCAGGAGUGAUCCAGAAUGGAGCACGGGUUCUGAGCCGAGGGCUGUUCCCUGGUGUCCGGCCGCUGCCGAUCACCCCCAUCAGCAUGACAGCAGCCAUGAGGAAUGGCCUCACCAGCUGCCGGAUGCGGACUGAGAGUGAGCCGCCACGUGGCUCCCCGGUGGUCAGUGGGGACCCCAAGGAGGACCACAACUACAGCAGUGCCAAGUCCUCCCACGCCCGGAGCAGCUCGCCCGCUGGCGACUCCGUCUCCUCCUCCUCCUCCUCCUCUGCCGACGACCACUAUGAGUUUGCCACGAAGGGGAGCCAGGAGAGUGGCGAGGGGGGCCCCCAGAGCCAGAGCCACAGUGACGCAGAGGAGGAGGACCGGCGGCGCAGCCAGAAGGAGCCUAGGGACGCCCUGGGGGAUAGCGGCUACGCGUCCCAGCACAAGAAGCGCCAGCAUGUCGCCAAGGCUCGGAAGGUCCCCAGCGACUCUCUGCCCCUCAAAAAGAGGCGCACCGAGAAGCCCCCUGAGAGUGACGACGAGGAGAUGAAAGAGGCAGCCGGGUCGCUCCUGCACUUGGCCGGGAUCCGGUCCUGCUUGAACAAUAUCACCAAUCGGACGGCAAAGGGGCAGAAGGAGCAAAAGGAGACCGCAAAAAACUGAAAACACGUCACCGAUUGGUUUUGAACUUGCGGCCAUCUGGUUUCAGCAUGUCAGGAGAUUUCUAAUGAUUUGUGGCAAUAUCAGCAAUUUUCUUUUUUCUUUUUUCUUUUUUUUUGGUUUGGUUUUCUUUCUUUUCCUUUUAUUUUUUAUUUUUAGUUUUUAUUUGUCCCCUCUCCUUUGUUUUGGACCCUUAAGAAUUUUAUUUUUAAAGGAGAUUGAAGCCAUAAAACUCAUAUUGACACUCAGCUGUUUUACAAAAGCUUUUCAUUAUCCGAAGACGAAACCAAGAAAAGCCAAAAUUAUCAUUGCUUCCUGCCGCUUGUCAGAAACGUGUGGCUGAAUCCACAGGGAUGUCAAACGUCAAUGCCACAGGAACACAUACUCGGCACCCAGGAGGCACAAGCGCAGAGUGACCAUCAUGCGGGCCCACCCUUAGUUUUAAGGAGGCAGGGUGUCCAUCCUGUUGGGGUCACAGUGAAUCCAGACACCUAAAGUGAAGGGGGGGUGGAGGAAAGAGCCCUCGUCCCCCUGGGAGCAGACCCAAGCUUGUGGCAGCCUUGACGUUGUCAUGUGGCCACACAGGGGAUCGACUACCAGUCCUCUUGUUUCUUAACCCUGACACCUGGGGACAUCUUACAAAAUGGACAUUCACUGGACCCGUUCAUGGCCGUCAGGUGUCAGUGACUGCUGAGAAAAAAAAUGGAUAGAUUCUUAGUGAUAUUGAGAGUCAUUGAAUUCUGUUCUACAUUAAAUUAGCAAAGUGUUCCAAAAGCCAUAAGCCUGAAGGUUGGCCCUGUGCACACACCACACACACACACACACCCACACACCACACCACACCACACCACACCACACCACACAUGCACACGAAGGAGAGUAAGAGAAAACCGAUGCAGAAAGCAAGCUGUGUCUUCUUACCUGCCCAAUGAAAAGCAAGCAAGUCCAGGAAGCUACAGUAGCUGUUCAGGAAGGAAAGAACAAUGUAUAGAUCUUUUUUCUGUCUAUCAAAACGAUUUGACCCAAGUGAAAAAACAAACAGAAAGCUACAGAGCCUGCCAUUAGUACUGUGGUGUAUUUUUGAAAGAUUCAAGGCAUAUUGAUGGACAAAAGAAAAAAAGUAAAACACAGCAAAAAAGUAAAAUGACGACUUCUGUACUGCCCUCCAAAUGGAGUUUGCAAUUAACGCUAGUCAGAUUAACCUUCAAAAAUCCGUGAUACCCACACUCAGACAGCGUAGCCAGCAGAAAUUUCCAAUCCACAAUGCAUGGAUUCCUUUGAAGAAAAAAAAAAAGGAAAAAGAAAAAAAAUCACAAAAACAAACUUUUUUUAUUCAAAAAUAACAAAGUUCUUGUAAGGUAAAUAAUGUAUUUAGCAUGAAGCAUGAAUUAUUUUCAUAUAAACAUAGA